UUUCACACAGAAAAUAAAUUUUAUUUAUGCUUCAAAUGAAAGUAUGGGAUGAUUGUAUGUACAGUCCAAUGGGAAAAUAACGUCUUUCAUUUGAAAUUCUGUACUAAAAUGGAGUAGACCGACUUUCGUCAAGUCCAGGGAUUGGAAAUCGUCACUUGCGGGCCUGAAGCCAAUACGAGCGGAAAGCAGCUGAUUGUCAGUGCCGUUUGUGGGACUCUUAUCGGCAAGAGAGAAAUUGUUGCGUAACACUUGUUCAUAGAAGAUGAAUUUCGCCGGUAAAGUCGUGCUGCUCACAGGUGCCUCUUCAGGUAUCGGCUAUGCAACGGCGCUUCAUUUGGCCAAAUUGGGUGCGAGUUUGUCGCUAACGGGACGCAACGUUGAGAGUCUCACGAAAUUGAUCAGCGAAUGUCCCAAGGCUACUCCUCAGAAGCACUUCUUGGUGCCCGGUGACAUCACCAAUGAGAGGGACACCGAGAGGAUUCUCACAGACACCAUCAAAGAGUACGGAAAACUCGAUGUGCUCAUCAAUAAUGCCGGAAUUCUCGAGCCGGGAACCAUUGAGAACACCAGUCUGGAGCAAUUCGAUCGCGUGAUGAACACCAACAUCCGCUCGAUUUACUACCUCACCAUGCUGGCCACUCCGCACCUCAUCAAGUCGAAGGGCAACAUCGUGAACGUGUCCAGCGUGAACGGGAUCCGCUCCUUUCCGGGCGUGCUGGCGUACAACAUCAGCAAGGCAGCCGUGGAUCAGUUCACAAGGUGCGUGGCACUGGAGUUGGCGCCCAAGAACGUCCGCUGCAAUGCCGUGAAUCCGGGAGUGACCGUGACGAAUCUCCACAAGCGCAGCGGCAUGUCCAACGAGGCGUACGAGAAAUUCCUCGAGCACUCCCGGAACACUCACGCUCUGGGACGACCCGGCGAUGUGAAGGAGUUGGCGCACACCAUCGCCUUCCUGGCCAGUGACCAGGCAUCCUUCAUCACGGGAGCUUCGCUGCCGGUCGAUGGAGGACGCCAUGCCAUGUGUCCACGAUAGAAUGCUCUCGAUUUUCCUAUGUUCCCUGAUCUGUCCUGAUGGUCUCCAGAGUGCCUUAAAUGCAUUUGUGCGAUUUAUUUUUGUAAAGACAAACUUUUUAUUGCAAUAUAAAGCAGAGAUUGAAAACGAUUGAA